AUGGAAAAUCGUUGUUCUGUUUUGGGAUGUUUGAAUACUUCUGAUGAUGGAGUUCGAUUACAUAAAUUCCCAUUUGAUGAUGAGAUGUUAUUGCCCAUUUGGAUAAUGGCGACAAAUCGUUCAAAUUGGUCACCAAUUGACGAAAGUAGGAUAUGUGACGAUCACUUUGAUAUGGCUGAUUAUGAAGCUGGCAAUAAGGGCAAUAGGCUCAUACCAGAUGCUUGUCCCAUAAUCCUUCCGACAACUACAGUCAUUAAUGUCCCGCAAUAUUACUCUGCUCCAGGCCCUGCAAAUUUUCAGGAAGGCCCUGAAAAUAUUACACAUGGAAAUAUAUUACCAGAUUCUGAAGACAGGGAAUAUUCGUCUACAAGCGAUAUUAAUUCUGACGAUUUAAUUGAUACACCAAAUACUAGUGAUAUGAAAUCCAGUGAUGAUGAGUCAACUCUUAGUGUAUCAUCUUAUAGUAAUUUUAGUAAUUUGAAUGAAUCUACUGGAUUUGAUGAUGAUUUUCUAUCAUCACUUUCAGACGCUGAAUUUGAUCUUGAAAAUAGAGAAUCAAUGAUAGAAUUAGACUCUGUAUCAUUGUCUUCAUCUGUAACAAGUCUUACAAACCAGCCUAUAAACCAAGAAUGUGCGGUUGUAUUAUGCAAUCAAAAUGCAAGAAACCAGUUUGAUACCUUAUUUUUCAUUAACUUUCCAAAGGAUAAUAAAACACUUUGUGAAACCUGGUGGACAAUGUGUGGGCGCAAAGACAAAUUUGAUCCUUUGUCAAAAAUAUGCUCAAUUCAUUUUGAUCCUGAAGAUUUUACAUCUAUCACUAUACGACGAAACGGUCAACUUUUUAGACAAACUAUUUUGAAGAAUAAUAAUAUUGUACCAACACUUUAUCUACUGUCCGAUCAUUAUACAAAGUUUGCAAGAAAACGAAAAAGAAGUAUGAAUGAUAGUUAUAGUAUAAAACGUAAUAUAACAGAAUUUGAAUACUGUAUUAUUCCAUGCUGUGACAAGACAUUUUUGAAAGAUGGAAAAAAGACAUUGUUUUUUAAAUUUCCAUUAGAAAACAAAGAUAUGCUUAAAAAAUGGGUAGAUAGUAUUGGAUUAACUAAUUGGCAGCCAACAGAUACAGAUCGAAUUUGCUCUGAUCAUUUUGAAAAUGAUGAUGUUUUAAUGACUAAUGAUAUUUAUGGUCUAAAUAAUGAUGCUAUCCCAUCAAUUAAGCCACAAAAUUCAUUUGAAAUAAGUUCUGAAAACAAUUCUGAUGGAAAACAUGCAUCCCCCAUUAACAGAAGAUAUGUUGAUAUUAUGUUUAAUAAUUUAGAAUUCAGGCAUUUAGAAAAUAACGCAUUGUUAGUUAAAGAUAACAUAAGGGACAAAAUGAAUGAAAGUUUAUUGUUAAAUUCAUUGAAAAAUGAUGUAGUUGACCAAGAACCAGAAAAUCACCAACAAACAUUUAAUACAUGCGUGGCCCAAUCUAGUUCAACAAAAAUAAAUGACAAUAAAGAAAAAUGUAUUAAAUCAAAUUAUGGAGAUAAUAUUGAUACUUUUAAUGAUGAUACUAACAUUCGAGGGCCUAAACAUAAAAGUAUAGAGAGUUUAAUAGACAAAUGUAUAAAACCAUAUGAUGAAGAAAUCACGAAAGAUGGAUGUAAUCAGACUAAAUUAGUAUCCAAACCAGAUGAAAAGACCAUAAAUGAAAAUAAUUUGAAAAAUAUACAUACCGAUACUUCAAAUAUCACUACUAUAUCAAAAAAUAUAUCUAUUUCAAAAGUAGUUCAGAAAUUGCAUAACGAAUCAAUUGAAAAAAAUAUUUCAGAAGAAAAAAAGUUGAUACCAAAAUCAAGAAAUAAUGGAAAUGACCGUGAUUAUGUAUACUUAGACAUGUUGGAUGGUGAUGAUGCUAAAAAUGUGUUGUCAUUUGGAAAAAAAAGAAUUUCAAAGAAUUCCAAAACAAAAAUUCUGGAACUAUUAGAAAAAAAUCAUACUGAUGGAAUUCCAGAAUCUAUAAUAAAUAAUCAAGACUUAACAGAAUGCUAUGGUGAAAUGCUUUCAGCUUCUUGCGACCCGGACUGUCAAUUAAUAUGUUAUUAUUCUAUGCCUGGCCCCGACCGAAGACAAAUUUAUAAAGAAUUUCAGAUGUUGAAUGCGCCUGAACAGAACUGUAAAAUAGCUCAAUUAGUACAAUUGCGUAUCUCUAAAAAAGAAGAUAGCACUUUUGAAAGCUGUCCGACAUACUAUUUUAUUUGGAAGAAGGCGCCUGUAAAAGUCUGCCGAACUUUUUUUAUGAACACAUUAGGUAUUCCUGAUAACCGUCUUGAUGCCAUUCUGAAACCAGUAAAUUACAGUUGGUAUUCUGAUAAAGAUAAUGCCUUAAAAGCUAAUCAACCAAGACAAUUAAAUACUAUUAGUGAGCCGGUUGUCAUGACAGAUUUUAUGAAAGAAUCUUUAAUACCGUUGGAAAAGGAUUACAAUUCAUAUGAGCCUGAUAGUGACCCAGAAGUUAGUUUAGAAAAUGUGCCUUUUAAAGAAUAUCAAAACGUAUUACUAUACAUUAAAAGUAUUCCUAGGGUUUUGAGUUCAUAUCAAAUUCCUGGAAAAAAACAAUGCUUUGAAACCAGUAUUUGUUUGGAUUAUAUGUACAAAGCAUAUUCUGAAAAUUUUAUUAAGAACAAGACUCCCCCACCAUAUACAAAACGUCAGUUUAAAAAAAUUUACAACCAGUACAUGAAGACGUUUUUAAAAAUGGUUUAA